CACUUUAUACACGUUUUCAUGGGAGAGAUGCACAGAAGUCAGCUGUGUUUUCUUUAUUUUUUUGGGGUAUCAAACUCGACGCAACAAGAGGCGAAUAUGUUGCCGCAAUCUGCGACAAUUCAUAAACCAAAGAAAAAACAAUGUGCAGGGGGGGGGGGGGGGGUGCAGCUUCCUUGAGUGUGUCCUAGACAUUAGUGAGCGAGCUUAAAACUAGCACUAUCUCCUCUAAAUUCCCACCAGGUAUGUGUGUGCACGUGGACUGCUUAUGCCCUACUUGUAAAAAAUUUAAAAAAAGAUGUGCAAAGCUAAUAUUCUUCGUACAUAUACAGAGUGACAUCUGCUGGUCAUAUUUUAAACACUUAUAUACAAUUUGAAGUUCAGACAAAACAAUAAAAAAAGGACUCUUCCAGCAAACUCUCCAGAAUCUGUGCAACUUACACAUAUUAUUUGUAGCAAAUGUGAUGUUUUUUUUCGACUAAGUUUGAAUCAUAUCUCCUCCUCACACGAUGAGUCAUAAAGAGCAGUUCAUCAGACAACACCAAGUGGCUUAAUUGAUGUGCUUCUCUGCAGGUUUGGUGGAGGCGGGUCAAAGGACGCCAGUGUUUGGGCAUGUGUGCACUUAUAGUCAGUCUUAUCUUGAUAAGAACCAAUUCCACAUAUUUUUAAAAACCCAUCUGUUAUUCGAUUUGGCAGCCGUGUCGUGCAUAUUGGUCGCUGCCAUAUGAUCCUCGUGUAUGACACAGCUUCUAUGGGCACGCAUCCUCCUCACACGGUUUCUUAUGGGGGCAACAUGUACAAGUAUUUCCAAUAAUAGUGUAAUAUAGCUCAAAAAGUAUUUUUGACAUUAAUCAGCAGCUACUUGUUAAGAGAUUCUGGUCGUCAUAAAAAUACAAAUGUUCUCUCCUAUUUCUUAACGAAAAGCAAUAAGUAAUAUUUAAAAAUAAACCUUUUUUUGUUUGCUCUAUGCCUCAAGUAUUGAUCUACAAGACAAACAAAGUAAUAAGUAGCUGAUGGAGACGGUCCAUCUCAUCAUCACUGUCAGAUGUCACGUGUUUCACCCGACUGGAAUGCAGCUUAAAUCCCUUUUUAUUGUGAUAUUCUUCACGACCAAAAUCCAUAUCAACCGACUGCCACAUACCAAUAUGUUGACGAAAAGCUCCAAACUUUGAUUGAUUAUUGAGCUGAGCAGGACAGUCAGACUCACCUUCACUGCUCCAUAGGCAUAGUUAGACUUGUCAGAAUAAGAUAUGAGUCUUUGUAUUACACUACCUCCUCUCUCCCCCGCUGUCUUUCCCAUCUAAUCUUCAACAUUACUUACUCAGGAGAAAGAAAGAAGAAGAAAAAAACCUGUAUUCCGACUCCGCCGAGUACAUUAUUUGGGUCUCCAGAGCGGAGAUGUUUGUAUAAAUAACAUUCCAGUGUGCUCUCCUUCUAAGUCAAUAUCUGCGGAGAAAAGAUUGGAAGUCAUGAUGUUAAAAAUAACAAGUGGACCCAGGAAUCCAGCCAUGUCAGGUAAAGGGAGCUCAAGCAUCUCUUCUGACAUAAGUUCGAGCACAGAUCACACACCAACCAAAGCUCCAAAGAAUGUGGCUACCACCGAAGGUUUGGACUCCAGCACCCGGACCCUGAGCACCCCCAGCCCCGGUCUUAUCCUGCCCUCCAAGUCGUCCUCCCUCUCCUCGCCUGCCCUCUCCAGUAACGGCCAUGACACCAACUCCUCUUCCUCCUCCUCGGCCCGCGCCGAGACCGUCGCCGUGGUGCACUCCCAACCCGGCACCCACACGCGCUCGCGCCAGUCGAAGAGCCACCACCACGCCCCCGUUGACCUCCUCCCCGACCACGCUCUCCUGCAGAUCUUCUCCCACCUCCCCACCAAUCAGCUGUGCCGCUGCGCCCGCGCAUGCCGCCGCUGGUACAACCUGGCGUGGGACCCGAGGCUGUGGGGCGCCGUCCGGCUGACCGGGGAGCUGCUUCACGCCGACCGCGCCAUCAGGGUGCUGACCCACCGGCUGUGCCAGGACACCCCGAACGUGUGUCUGACCCUGGAGACGGUGGUGGUGAGCGGCUGCAAGAGGCUCACCGACCGGGGGCUGCACGUGGUGGCUCAGUGCUGCCCGGAGCUACGCCGCCUGGAGGUCGCCGGCUGUUACAACGUCUCCAACGAGGCCGUGUUCGAGGUGGUGUCGCGCUGCCCGAGCCUGGAACACCUGAACCUCUCAGGCUGCUCCAAGGUCACGUGCAUCAGCCUCACCCAGGAGGCCUCGCUGCAGCUGUCCCCUCUUCACGGCCAGCAGAUCUCCAUCCACUACCUGGACAUGACCGACUGCUUUUCCCUCGAGGACGAGGGCCUGCGAACUAUCGCCUCCCACUGCCCCCGCCUGACGCAUCUGUAUUUGCGCCGCUGCACCCGACUGACGGACGAGGCCUUGCGCCACCUGGCUCUCCACUGCCCCUCGAUACGGGAGCUCAGCCUCAGCGACUGCCGCCUGGUGGGGGACUUCGGCCUGCGGGAGGUGGCCCGCCUGGAGGGCUGCCUGCGCUACCUGAGCGUGGCCCACUGCACCCGCAUCACCGACGUGGGCAUCCGCUACGUGGCCCGCUACUGCCCGAGGCUGCGCUACUUGAACGCGAGGGGCUGCGAGGGGCUGACGGACCACGGCCUGAGCCACCUGGCCAGGAGCUGCCCGAGACUCAAGUCCCUGGACGUGGGCAAGUGCCCGCUGGUGUCGGACAGCGGGCUGGAGCAGCUGGCCAUGUACUGCCAAGGCCUGAGGCGGGUGAGUCUCAGGGCCUGCGAGAGCGUGACGGGCCGAGGGCUCAAGGCGCUGGCGGCCAACUGCUGCGAGCUGCAGCUCCUCAACGUGCAGGACUGCGAGGUGUCGCCGGAGGCGCUGCGGUUCGUGAGGCGCCACUGCCGCCGCUGCGUCAUCGAGCACACGAACCCCGCUUUCUACUGAGGCGGGGGGGGGGGGGGGGGGCGCGGGGCUCUCGGACUGGUCCUCUCUGACAAGUGGAUGUUCUAAUAUUCCUGCGAUGGAGUUCAGCGGCCGAUGUGUCAGAAACUGGUUGAAAACUGGUGUGCAAUACUGGCCAGAAUGUGUCUCUUUGAACCCGCCUGGUGGCUGAAAAAUACUUCCAUAGACUGUAUUUAACAUAUUUAUCUUUAACAAAAGAAGAACUACAGCGUUUUCAGUGUAUUACGUCUUCACAAUCUUAACAACAUGCUACAACACGGAGCACCCGGUACAGUUGUGUUACCACGUAAACGAGCAUUGUUUUGUAUUAUAGUUCAACACCUUACGGCCCUGAAACAUAAUCAUAAUCAUACCAGUGCUGCAUCUAUUUAUAAACGGCGAGUAUCUUCAGACUAAACCACUAAGAAUGUAUCCACGAAGCAGCAGAACAUAUUCUCAAUUUCACUUUCUUUACGUUGCAUAAUGCACUUUAUGCAAUUGUGCUGACGACCACUUCAGCUGAGCUCAAAGUGUCAUCAUUUAUUAUUUUUUACUCAUUCACUUUCUGUAAAUUAAAACUUUUAGCCGUAGCAUUUUGUUUUCAUCUUUAAAAGCCAAAUGAAAACAAAACCGCCGUUGAGAUUAAUAAACUAAGAAUACGUCGCUGCUAUAACUGUGCCAAUAAACUUCUUCAAAAGCCGCCUCCACAA